ACGCAACACCCUUUAUCCUUUUAUCCGAAUAUAAUUACAAUAUACUCUAACACAAAAUAUAAAAUAAAUAAACCGUGUGUGUAUAUAUACAUAUACCUUACUACACCUACUCAUUGCCAUCAAGUAUUUUAUUCCCUUUUCAACUUCAAUUUACGUACCCAAUAAGGAGUUUCUUUCAUUUCCUCACAUCAAACAUUAACACAAAAAGCAAGAUGGAGAAGUUCCAAUAUACGAUUAUGUACGCUUAUUUACUUAUGUCAACAACAAUCUUCUUGUCUUUGCCAAUACAAUCUCACGCGACAAUACUCUUCAAUGUGCUGAGCUUCGGAGCUAAACCUAACGGUAUUGUUGACUCAGCUACAGCUUUUGCCAAGGCAUGGGAUGCAGCGUGUAGUUCGACGGAUGCUGCGGUUAUAUACGUACCCAAAGGAAGAUAUCUUGUUAGCCCUGUUCGUUUCAGCGGUGAAAGUUGCAAGAGCCUUGAUAUUGUUUUCAGGAUCGAUGGGACUCUUGUUGGUUCGGGGGACUAUAACUUUCUUGGGCGAGAAGAAACAUGGUUCAGCUUUGAAAGAGUCACUGGAGUUUCUGUUAUCGGUGGUUCUUUCGACGCUAAGGGACCUUCGUUGUGGGCUUGCAAGGCCUCCUUCAACAACAGCUGUCCCGCUGGUGCUACGGUAUGAUAAGUUGGUCGGAACCAAAAACAUUUACUAGACCAUGUUUGGAAUUCCAAACCAAUUAAAAAUAAGUGGAAUAAUUCAUAUUGUUUAUAUUUCAUAUUACGGAUUCUAACAUGGUCUUUUGAGAUUUAGGAGAUAUAAAAACUACUACUAACCAGAAAGUGAUUUAAAAGGAUUC